CGGUGAAGGCCAUCUGUUCUGUAUUUGUUGCAUUUCACUUCUGGAGUUCCGGUGCAUGUCAUGUCUUUGAGCGUGGGAGCGUGGAGAACUUUGGGCCGAGCAGCGGGGACGAGGUCGAACAUUGCCCGCUUUUCGCAAUGCAGUAGGCAAGCGGAGGAGAAGCUGCCUGAAGGCAAGGGAGCUGAGGAAAAGACGACGGAAGUGAGAGGGCCUACUUUGGCCGAAGAGCAGCAACAGAAGAAGAGCGAGAAUAAGGAUAAUACGCAGCGGAAGAAGGCUUCGUUUGGCAUUCCAUCUCUGGCCUUCUUCGCUGUAGGGCUGCCGCUUGGAUACUACUUUAGCGAUUCUCUACCGCUUCGCAAAAGCACCGGGUUGUCGGACCCUCGAGAGUUCGUCAAAUACACCUUGAUUGGCAAGGAAAGCGUUUCUUCAACAUGCGCGAUAUUCCGACUACGGCCCUCCACCGGAACGACAGUCGACUUAGCCGAUCCCAACCUCGAGCGAGCGAUCACGAGCGUCGAAUUCAAGCAGCCGCAAUUGCAGAUCGCAAGAUCGUACACUUCUCUGCCGCAAGCGGAUGGACAGCAUGAAGACGAGUUGCGAUUUCUCAUUCGGAGAGAGCAGAAGGGAGAAGUCUCGAACUUCCUACACAGACUUCCAGAAGGUGCUGAACUGGAGACACGGGGUCUGCACCCGGAGUUCAUCCUACCAGAGAAUGUGAACAGUGUAGCGUUUCUGGUAGGAGGCACGGGCAUUGCCCCAGCGGCACAAGCGGCAGAUAUUCUGGCUGGACAAGCAGAUUUGCAUAUCUUGUGGGCGAGCAGGAGACGAGAAGAUUGUAUUGGGGGCUUCAGUGAUACACAAAUCGAGCCUAAGAAGACAGGCUGGGGAUUUUGGGGAUCGUCGAAGCCUGCAAAAGGCAACGAGCGGGCAGAUGACUUGCCCAAUGCUGAGAAAGGUGCUCUUGUCACUAUUCUUGAGAGUUUGAAGCAACGGUCAGCGGCAUCGAAUGGUCGCAGCUCGCGUCUCGCAGUGGACUACUUCGUGGACGAGGAAGGCUCGUUCAUCAGACCGGAAGACGUGAAGCGCAUGAUCUAUCGGCUCACCAAAGAUCAGAAAGACUCGGACAGUGGGCGGAACAUCUUGUUCGUCUCUGGACCAGAGGGCUUUUUGAGCUACUGGGCAGGUUCAAAGCAAUGGGCGAAUGGUGGAGAAGUGCAAGGUCCGCUGCGCGGCGUGCUUUCAACCUUGGACCUCUCUGGAUGGGACGUCAUCAAGCUUUGAAAUGCCCCAAGCGCGCCUCUUGUUGUACGGCACAGCAAUUAUCAUCAACGCAUGUUGCAAAAUGCAACAAAACUGACUCGUGAAAAUAUGAGCUCGGCUUUUGCGAGCUCGGCCGACGUGGGGUGAUCGGUCUCCUACUGCG